GUUUCGGCGGUGCGUCUGUCUUUUUGCAACUGCUUUGGCGAAGUCAACGCAGUCUUGGCGCCGUGCCGAGUGUUUCUCGUUGCCUUCAACUGUGUUGUGUAGUGAUCACUAUCCCUGUGAGUGCUAGUGAGAUCUAUCGACGCAGCUCGUGCGGCGUUUGCUCCCGCUGCAACUUGUCACAUUCGCGACCACGUUUGGCGUCCUUGCGCCCGAGCUGUGCUUCUUGCGGAUCGUGUGACGCAGCCUGACUUGCUCACUUCAAAUCAAGGCAAGAACAGCUUCUCAACGUAAUGUGCGACUACGGUUGACAACCAUUGAUUAUCGCAAGUGCAUAUAUAUCGUUUGUGGCUGUGACGUGUCCUGAAUGUGAGAAAACAUGCCUCGUUGCUUUGUGACUAAUUGCCGAAGUGGGUACGAUUCGACGAAAUUCACGGCUGAAAAAAGACAUUUUUCAAAGCCACCCGCUGACGAGGUCCGCCUUCAACAGUGGCAACGGGCUAUACCCAGAUCGGAUAAGGAGCUGUCCAGCUCAUGCGCUGUUUGCGACCUCCACUUUCACGAGGAAGAUAUCGUGAAAGACUUCGUUCACAAAGUUCAUGGUGACGUAGUUGUCAUACCGCGUGACAAGUGGGCUCUUAAGGAAGAUGCUGUGCCGCGCAUUUUUCCCAAUUGCCCUAAAUACUUGUCGAAGCCAGCGAAAAAUCGCAAGGCUCCAACCCUAAGUGCACCGCCUCGGCCUAAGCGUCGGAAAGAGCAAAAGGAGAACAACCAAGUAGCUGCAACGUCGAACUUCUGCGUUUCGAGGAAAAGCAGUGGUGACAUUGACAGCAAUGUUGUGCAUGAGAACACCAUAGAGCUUUUCGAUGAGUUGUGUGGCAUGGCAGCAGCAGGCCAACGGUUGCAGGGUUGGUCACUUGAGGUUGUUGGCACUACAAUCGUGGUGUACAAGCUGCUAAUGAGAGAAGACCUUCCAGAAAUUGACAGGGCAGUCGUAGUGUCGAAAGACAUGACCCCCUCUGUCAGUGCCAAGGGGCAACCAUCAACUGUGUAUGCUACUGAUGCGGGCAUUGAAUUGAAAUCAUGUGACGGCCUAAAGUUUCUACUUUCAUGUAUUGCAAGGCUGACUUUCUGUGGAGGUUGUCCUGCUGAUAAUUACCCCUGUGUCUUGUCAUCAGCUGUGGCCAUUAAAAAUGGCGAUACAUGGCAUCGCAAGUCAUGCGCAAUUCAGUCUUUAACUGCAACAUGCCACGAAUGCCAGAGUCUGCACAAGCUCUUUUUACGGCGUCGCAAGACAAGCAACAGGUUGAAAUAUAGGAGCACUAAAGUGAAGUCCCUGCGUCGAAAGGCCUUAAGAGCAACUAUGCAGCGAGAAAAGAUGAAAAAAGAAGUAACCACCAUGAAAAAACAACUUGAGAAUGUUACAGAAGAGAAGGCGGAACGUGCACUUGACAUUCUUCCAGAUAAACAGCAGCUCCCUUUCAGGACUGCUUUUCAGGCAGCAAAGGCAAAAUCUAAAAAUGGGAGGCGGUACACAGAAGAGUGGUUAAUGACGUGCCUUCUGCUGCAGACUUCAAGCCCAAAAGCUUACAAAUUGGUAUCUGAUAUGCAGUUUCUGCCACUUCCUACAAGAGCACGCCUACGUCAGAUUAUUAGUGGCAUUCCCUGCGGGUACGGUUUCAAUAAGGUAUCGCUAAACAGUAUCCGAGAGCAUUUUCAUGAGAGGAGCCGCCUCAGAAGGUGCGGUGUUCUACUGCUCGAUGAGGUAAAGCUAAAGCAAACCGUUGCUUUCAACAAAACCUCAUACAAGAUGGAUGGCUUUGUUGAUUAUGGCGAUGUGACAAAUGCCACCACCGACCAACUUGCUGACCACGCACUGGUGUUGAUGCUUGUUCCGCUUUUUGAGGGCUGGGUUCAACCCAUAGCAUCUUUUGCCACAAGAGGGUCGGCACCUGGACGGAUCCUUGCACAGCUCCUGUUAAGUGCUGUGCUGCAGCUUCACAAGCAUAAUGCUUCAGUGCUUGUUGUUGUAAGUGAUGGAGCGGGUAAUAACCGCUCAAUGUGGACGCACUUGGGAAUAUCGGGAGACAUGAUAUCGCCAUGCAACAGCAUUGAGCACCCCUGGGAGCCUUCGCAGAAGAUCUUCUUUAUCUGUGACAUUCCACACACAGUCAAGUGCAUCAGAAAUCAUUUGAAAAAGUACACCUAUGGAAUGGCUGGAGAUCAUCAGAUCAACUUUGCACAUUAUGUUGCGCUGUAUGAAUUCGAAAAAAGCAAACAUACAAGAGUCGUGCCAAAACUGACUAGAGCACAUGUUGCCCCGGACAACCUCCAGAAGAUGAGCGUCCGACUUGCUACACAGCUAUUCAGCCGUGGAACAGCUAUUGGCAUCCGCAUAUACAGAGAAGCCGGUGGAGGCAUGAGGGGUUCUGAGGGAACAGAAGCAUUCACCGAAUUGCUUAAUGACCUGUUUGAUGCUCUGAACGUAAAGCUAUCUGAAAGAGGCAUGAAAAGGCACUCAAAGGAAAUACAGGCAAGCCAAAGUAUCUUUUCAUGCAUGUUGAUGCUUAUUUACAGACAUUUACAAUUCUUUCAGAUCAUCAAAGACUUCUUGGAAAUGUUGAAUGUCACAGAAAAUGUCGCCGUGGAGAAAGGUCUCAAGCUCUUUGCAUCUCAACUAACCACGGAGUCCUUGCGUGUUACUUUGUUGUCAACGCUUGACAUCAUCGACUUCCUACUGGAUCAGGGUGCACACUAUGUUUUGAUGGCAAAGUUGAACCAGGACCCCCUGGAGCGCCACUUUGGACUUGUCCGUUCAUUCGGAGGGGAUGAAUCUCACCCCCCCCCCCUACGGUGGUCAUUUCACCUUCCGAGUUUGUACACACCGAUAAAAACUGCUUUGCGUGGGAGUGUGCAAGGUGUGCCGGGGAAUGUGCUUGUCAGCGUAAAGGACGCACUAAGGAGGGCGAGAGAGCUUUACCGCGCCAAACAUGCUUCCUUGCAUGAACGCAUAGAAGAAAAGCUACUGGAGAUGACGUCAGAAACAGUCGGGGACCCUGGAGAGCAGGGCGACGAUCACUCCUACUUUAAAAGGGAAGUGGGCGAUGCUAUUAUCUACUACUUGAGUGGAUAUGGUGUGCACAAAUUUGAAAAGCACACAUCAAGCCUCCUGUGCUUAGAAGACAUAAGCAGUCCAGUGCCCGUUGUUUGCUGUGAUGCAUAUCUGACGACUUAUAGAAGUUUCAAGGAAGGCUGCAUGAAACACCCUACAGCUAAGUUGUUGAGUGUGAUGAAACUUGUAAAUGACGUAGUUUCUGUCACGUUAGAUGAGGCUGGUGCCUGCGAAAACAUGUUCUGGAAGGUGCUAGAACAGCUCGAUAAGUGCAGCCUUGCUCGCUUGGGCUGUGCAGAUCACAUGACAGCAUUCACAUGCCAGAUACUGAACUUUGUCAUUGUGACAAGAAUGAACUUUUUCUCCCGAGAUUUUAACCAUCGGUUAGAAAGCAAGGAAAAGGUAGCUAUCGCAAACAGAAAAUUGCGUCUCUUGUAACUCUUGG